CUGGUUUAUUACAGCUGACCUAAUAUAAAUUAUUUCGUAUCAAACUGCUUUUGCUGUUUUUGUGUUAUGCAUUUAUUUGUUGGAGAGAAAAAAAUACUAUGAUAUUUUUGUAAUAUCUCCUUCAUUACAGGAGGGAAUGGAGAGUCAAAGAAGACCGAAAAAUUCCUUGCCUUUCAUUAUUUUGUUUACCGAGACAACCUGCUCCCCUGCUGAUGUAAAUUGGGAAUAAUGGCAUCACUGCACUAGUUUGAUUUCAGUGGCAAACCUGGGGGCCACCACCCCGGGCUGAACAGAGAGGAGCCUGAAGCCAGGAAGCGCUGAGUGUUCCUGAGCUGUGCUGGGGCUAGCCGCAUCGGCAGACACAUCGCGGCCGGUGGCGGAGCGGCUCCCCCCGGGCAGAGCCCUCACGGCGGCCGCCCCCGCUACCCCGCCAUCCCGCGCGGGCGGGGCGCGGGCGGCCCACGCGGCCUCUCGCGAUGUUUCCAGGGCCCGGCGAGACUCGGCGGCGGCGGCGCCGCGGUUGCCAAGGGCCGCGGCCGCCCAAGAUGUCUCACUUUACCAGUGAAGAUGAAGCUCUAUUACAGUCUAUGCUUAGACAGUUGCUGCAGAGUGUGAAGGAAAAAAUCACUGGAGCCCCCUCAGUAGAAUGUGCAGAAGAAAUUCUCUUGCAUUUGGAGGAAACAGAUGAGAAUUUUCACAACUAUGAGUUUGUGAAAUACCUUAGACAAUACAUAAAAAAUACUGUGGGACCUGUGAUUGAAGAAGAAACAGAAAAAUGUACCUCUGCUCAAAGUCAGGGUGAAAUAUCUGGCUAUGACACACUUGUCCAACAUCUUACUAAGAAGGCCCGUGAAUCGAAAGAAUACAGAGAAAUGAUACAUGCCUUGAAGAAUGUCAUGAUGGUUGUGGUAGAAUCUUUGAUAAACAAGUUUGAAGAAGAUCGGAUGCAUGAUAAGGAGCUGGCUAAUAAAGCAAAGAAAGAACAUCAGAGUGGCUAUUACACAGACAACUGUUCUGACAGUGACUCCUCCUUCAACCAAAGUUAUGCGUUCAUGAGUCAAGAACAAUUGCAGCUGCUCACAGAAAAGCUUGACCCUAGUCAGCCCAAGGAAGUUCGCCAAGAAGCUUUGCAGACGCUGUGCUUGGCCCCUGCCUCUGAUAUCCUGAGCUCUGAGAGUUGGCCAAGUCUGAGUAAGCAUCUGACAAUCUCUCUGGCAGAUCCUGAUGCAACAUUCAGUGAGAAAAUUCUUAGGUUCUAUGCAAAAACCUUUUCUUCUUCUCCAUUUAAUAUGACAAGAGAAGUCUAUACAAGUUUAGCAACACACUUGGAGUUGUACUUUCUUUCUGGAGAAUAUUCUCUUCAUAUUUCAGCUGGUCUGGAUGUAUCUAACGCAGAUGUAAAUCGUUUACUUAAAAAGGUUCGCCUUUUAAAUGAGUACCAAAAGGAAGCACCAUCUUCCUGGAUUCGACAUCCAGAAAAGUACAUGGAAGAAGUAGUGGAGAGUACCUUGUCACUUUUGUCAUUAAAACGCAAGCCUAAUCAUCCUGCCUCUCCAGAUUUCUUGAGUCCAAUGCACUUCUUGGCUCUGCUAGAUAUCAAAGCAGUGUGGUUUAAGAAGUGGACGCAUGCAUAUUACAGCAGAAAAGUGGUAUUUAGGCUUCUGGAAAAGAAAUAUAAAUCCUUGAUUAAUGCAGCAGUCCAGCAAUGUCUUGAUUAUUUUGAAUUUUGCAAGGCAGCAGUUAAUAAAAAUUCCAAAGUUGGUGACUUUUCCCAGCAGCACUGUAGUGAUAUGCAGAAUUUUUCUUACACUGGACCAGAAUUACAGUACAUCUGUUUUGUUCAUUCAGUGUGUCUCUUAGGAAGAUUGUUGAUCUAUAAGGAAGGCCAGAAUCUCUUUCCAGUACAGCUGAAAAAUAAAAAAGCUACUGUAUCCAUAACUGAUGUGUUGGUAUUAUUUGUUCAACUUAUUUAUCACUCUCCAAGUUACCCAAAGACAGCUUUGGCAGCACAUACAGAAAAUUAUUCUCCAGAAAGUCUUGUUAUGGAGAUUCUGCAGGUUUUUUGUGAUCAAACAGGAUGUGCUGCUGAGUGCUUGUAUACGGACACAGUGAUAGAUGCCCUGCUUCAUCCUGUUCAAAGUUUGCUGAAUGGCACAGAGGUGUAUAUAAACUGCCUUGAAACUACUUUACUUGAUGUAGCUGAUAUUUUGGCAAGGAUUGCUGCUUCAGAAGAUGGUCUUUCUCUUCUUCUUUAUGGAGAAAAUGAAAAAAAUGCCAAAGACAGUCCUACAGCUGCUCAUGUACUUGUUCAGUUCACAAAGAAACUUCUUCAUGAUGACAUUUCUCUUUUAUCUGGAUCUGAGUUCAUGCCAGUGGUUAAAGGAGCUUUCAUUUUUGUAUGCCGUCAAAUGUACAGAACUUGUGAAGGCCUACAGAUGCUAAUUCCUUAUGGCUUGCAUGAAUCUAUUGCAGAGGCCUGGAGAAAGACAAGUUUGCUUUCAGAAAGAGUCCCUACUCCUGUAACUGAUGCAGACUCCACUUCAUCAAUAAGUCAAGAAUCAAAAUCCAGCUUGUUAUGGGAAGAGACUUUGUUAGAUGCCUUGUUAAAUUUUUCUACCACGCCCAAAGGACUAUUUCUGCUUCAUAGUACAGAUGCCAUGAAUGACUGUGUGAACUUUAUGUUUAACAGUUUAUCAAAAAAAAUCCAGACAAAUGAAUAUGAAGAUUUUGGUAAUAGAAUCAUUAUUACACAAAUGGCAACAACACCAAUGGCUGCAGUGGCUCUGCAGAAUUCAGGCUUCAUAAAGACACUCGUAACUGAAUUAUGGGCUCUUUUGGAAUGUGGAAAAGAUGAUUUGAGAAUAACCCAGCCCAAAUCUACUCCAGUUGACCCUAUUGACCAAAGUUGUCAGAAGUCGUUUUUGUUUCUGGUGAACUUGCUCACUUACCCAGCAGUUUUUGAGCUCCUGAAUAAACGAGAUAUACCAAAUAAACCCAUGUACUCAUUCCGUGAAGUACCCACAGAUAUAAUUGAUAUCAUUGACAGGCUUAUAAUUUUGAACUCAGAAGCUAAAAUUCAUUCCUUAUUCAAUUAUGAACAAUCCCAUAUAUUUGGUCUGAGGCUGUUAAAUGUGCUGUGCUGUGAGCUCAAUACCCUUUUACUCUUGGAGACUCAGUAUAAAGUGUCACAAGUUUUACUAACUGCUCAGGAGGAAAAUGUCACAGAAACUUCAGAAGGACCAGGAGUUUUUAUAAUUGAUGGUCUGUCAGUGGAGAGAAACCAUGUUCUUGUAAGGAUUAAUCUGAUCGGAGGACCACAGGAAAGGACUUUGCCUUUGAGAGAAUUAGAUAAGGGCAGUGGGCUAUAUCCUUGGCCAAUGUUUUCAUCAUUCCCCGUGCCAAAGUGCUAUCUUGCAGAAAUUCCUAGGAAAGCUGAAUUCAGACAAGAUAAAGAUCUUGACAAGCUCUUAAAACUUUUAAAAAGUCCAGAGAAGCCAGCUGGGUGGGCAGAAAUUUGUAGAAAACACUUCUGCAAAGUCAUGAAAACCAGACCAGAUAGCAUCAGUGGACCAAUUUUGGCAGAAUUAAUUGAAAAGUUCGUGUCACAUCUUUCUGAAAGCAGAACAGAUUGUUAUUUCAGCAUGGGAAGCUAUAAAGCCAUGGAUGCAGAUGUUAAGAAAGAAAAUCUUUCAUCUGUGCAGCAGCUUGGUGUUGAAAUGACAGUCAGAUAUGGAAAAUACUUAAACUUGCUAAAAGAAGAUGCUGAAAAUGGGCUGUGUUUCGUGUUAAUGAAUUGUGAGGAGUUUCUGAAACAACAGCAAAGAACUGUCAUGUCUUCACUUUGCUGCUUGCAGGAGCACUACGCUGGUUAUGACUGGUUUGCAUCUUCCAUCUUCCUCAUAAUGUCAGGGGACAGGGAGAAGACACUGACAUUUCUUCAGCAAUUUUCAUGUCUUCUUGUUUCAGCAUUUCUCUGGCUACCAAGACUGCAUUUAUCCAUGCAUCUGCCUGUUACAACAGUGGAAUAUGGCAUCCAUCCAGUCUAUUUUUGCAGUGCUCACCACGUUGAAAUGUUGCUGAAAGCUGAGUUGCCCCUUGUCUGUUCAGCCUUCCACAUGUCUGGUUUCACUCCAUCCCAGACACCUACAGCAAGACAUCCUGAAGCACACAGAAGCCCGAGAUCUUCAGGUUUUUCUGAAAAGAAGAAGAAAUAUAAAGACUAUUUUGAAUUCCUGUUCAGAUGCCAAAGCGCACUUUUCCAAGCCUGCGUAGACGUUCUCAGGAGAAUUCUACUUAGCAGAGAUUCACAGUUAAUACACCAGAGGUGCAGCUUAUGUCCACAGAGACUGGCUCCAGAGAGUUUUUUGCAGCACAUGCUGCCAGCAGUGGAGGAAGCACUGCAUGGAUUUCGAGUGAGUGAUUAUUUAGACUACAUGGAGAGCUUGGAGGAGAUCUACAGACCAAUGCUGCUGAAAGACAUGAGGACCAUAAAAGCACAGAACACAUAGCUGAAGCAAACAAGCACUUUAUUUUACAGUUUUGAUUACAUCCUUUAAAAGGAUGCUGAUUGAUUGAUACCUCAGUCUCACCUAAAAUCAGCCAGGCUAUUGAAAUGUACAUACUGUAAAAUAAAUAAGUGCUUUCAGAAUAUAGUUUUUCAAUAAGACAUAACCUACUUUUGAUAACGAGAUUUUCCCAGACAGGUUAUGUGCACAGCCUCAUUUUCAGUUAGCAGAAGGCAGCUUCAGAAGCCACCUAUAGGAUGCGGAAGUUUCUUCCUUCUAAAGCCUUGAACCUGUUCUCAACUCAUUGUCUCUUUGUCAUCUCCUUGUAGCACCAUCCUAAGCCUUUUUUUGCUUGGGUCUGACAAAGGGAUUUUUUUUUUUAAUAUUUAGAAACAACUGCUAUUGUGUAUUCAUGUACACGAAAAGCCAACAAAUGGAAACCAAAUUCUUUGUUCUAAUUUUGUGGAUUAUGUUGAGAAAAUGGGAUGUUUGAAUACAUGCAAUGAAAAAAGACUUGAUAUUCCUGUCUUUAAAAAAAAAACAACAAAUAAAUAGUUUUAUGUAAUAAAGCAUUAUUAACCUUCAUUGUGAAUGAAAUUAGAAUCUUUAAAAUUAUUAUUUGGCUAAAGAAGAAGGGAAAAUACUGUGUUUUGUCAACACAUGCAAUAACAUUUUCUUUACAGACUGUCCAGAAUCUCAAAAUAUUAUGAUAAUAAAUCAAUGAUACAGUG